GAAGGAUGAAGGAAGGAGAGAAAUUCAGGUAUCCAGUGGCUCCAGCCAAGUUACGGCAGGCCUCUGUCUUGCUGCUUCUUCUGGCUCAGGGCUCCCUCCUAGAAGCCAGCUCAUUGCAACUUCCUCGCUUUUCCUCAACCUUCAAGGAGGUUCUGAAGGCCAAAUCGGUCAAGGAAUUCAUCUUCAAGUUUGAGACCAGAGACUUCCGCCUCCUGCACAUGGACCAAGGCUGGAUCUAUGCGGGCUUACGUGACUACCUGGUGUCCUUCAGCCAGUCGAAGAUGAACCGGGAGCCACUUAUUAUCAAGUGGCCAGCCUCACCGGAGAAGGAGAAGACUUGCCGGAUGAAGGUGAUUAAGGGCCAGGAAAACCUGUGCUUCAACUUCGUUCGCGUCAUCCAGCCGCUGAACCGGACUCACCUGCUGGUGUGUGGGACUGGGGCCUUCAGUCCCAUAUGCGCCAUUGCCAACCGUGGCAGGGACCCUCAGGAUUUUGUGUUUCACCUGGUGCGCAACAGCCAAACCUCAGGGCUGGGAAGUUGUUCCUACAGCCCCCACUACGAGAGUAUGGCCACAUUCAUUGAUGGGAAUCUGUACACAGGCGUGUACAUGAACUUCAUAGGCAGUGACCCUGCCAUCUUCCGCACCACGGGGCACCUUCCGACCCUCCGUUCAGACUCGUACAACAACCUCUGGCUCAACGCUCCCGAGUUCCUGAAGGCCUUCAAGAUCUCAGACAGCCUCAACCGCAAUGACGACAAACUCUACUUCUUCUUCCGGGAGAAAGCAAUCCAAGGCUUACCAGAACCGACCGUACUCGCUCUUGUCGGUCGCGUUUGCUUGAAUGAUGUCGGAGGGCAGUACCUGCUGACAAACCAGUGGACGACGUUCCUGAAAGCCCGGCUAGUGUGUUUUGUGACCGAGAAAGAUGGCAGGAAGACCUUUUUCAACAAACUCCAGGAUGUCUUCAUCCAUCCUGUCGAUGACAAGAGAGACCCUCUAAUCUAUGGCAUCUUCACCACCCCUAGUGAUCAACUUCAGGGCUCAGCCAUCUGUGUUUAUUCCAUGGCUGACAUUCGUGCGGCCUUUAAUGGGUCUUUCACCGACAAGAUUAGCUCCACCAACACGGGGGAGCCUUACACAGGUGACGUGCCCACUCCUCGACCUGGCUCGUGCCCAGGGGGUGUUUCCGCCCCAAACUUCCACUCCUCCAAGGCCUUUCCCAGUAAGAUGAUCGAAUUCAUCCGCACCCAUCCACUCAUGUUCAACCCCGUGUACCCCCUGCAACGCCGGCCCCUGUUUGUGCGUACGGGUCCCAACUCCACCUUCACGACUGGGGUCAUGGACGUUGUGAAAGCUGCGGAUGGAAGCUAUAAAGUGUUCCACCUGGGCACAGCCCACGGUACCGUGCAGAAGGUGGCGGUGCUCGAGAGCAACGGGACCACUGAGGCCGUGAACCUGGAGGAGGUGGCGGUGUUCCGGACCCCAGCGCCGGUGAAGACCAUGAUGAUCUCGUCUAACCAGGAAAAUCUAUUCGUGGCCUCGGAUACGGGUCUGAGCCAGCUGAAGUUGCAGCGCUGCCCACCUUACAAGACAUGUGCCCUGUGCUGCAGGGUCCGGGACCCCUACUGCAUCAGUCCUUUGAAGAGCUGCUCCCCUAAAGUCAAAAGGUGCUGUUAGUGCUAGUGACCCGGGGCUGGUGAGACGGGGUGCCAACCAGAAGACUUAGACUUAGCCAAGGAGUACGUAUGCCACCAUCUUACGGCCCAUAUGGGCUAGCCUCUCCUGCCUUCACUUAAGUCCCACCUUACCUGUACAGCUGGGCCAGUGAAGACCUCGGGGUAUCGGCAGGGGAGGAGUGGAGAGGCUAGCAGCCUGGGGGAGGGACUUAAAUUGUUACUGCUUCAUUAAAAGUAUAGGUUGCGUCCCACCCGCUCUGCAAAAUGGGGAGGGGAGGCGGUUGCUAUUUGCUGUGCUUAUUAAAGCCAGGAGUCACUGCUUUGCA